GUUUUUCUCUGUUUGUUUGUCAGUUUGAUUCGAUGUUUUUUGUCGUCACCUCCUUAGUGGUGAGAUACUGUAUGUGUGAACAGUGGGAGGGAUUUUACAGAGGAUGUAGACAAGUGUUUUCAGUGUGGAAACAUGAAGCUUCUUGUGAGCUGUCUGCUUCUCGCCUGCCAGUGUGCCCCUUCAUCAUGGGGUUCCGACAUGCACGUGACCCAGAGUGCUGACAUGUCCGUCAUGGAGGGCCAGGAGGUCAACAUCAGCUGCUGCUGGACAGGGAACUUCUCCAGAGUUACAGUCACGUGGCUGAAGAACGCAACCAUUUUUACGGUCUCCAAUCUCGUCACUAAGGAUGCAAAGACGUGCGACAGCUUGACGUUCCCAAACAUCACAAUAGAGAAGUCUGGCAAAUACAUCUGCCAGGUCAACGUGGACAGACCGGUGCUUAAGGAGGGGACUGGGAACGGUACGGUUGUCACGGUAAUGCUCCAGGGGUCAAAGGACAAAGCAAAACAAGGUAACCAAUGGGUGAUUUCCUUGGCCUCAGUGGCUUCAUUGCUCCUCAUUGUGCUUGUUGUCCUCUGCACACUAAAGAAAAGACAAGGAGCCAGGGUGAUCUAUGAGAAACCCCACUCGGACUCAUACACUGCGGACAUGGACAAACGCAGCAGCGGCUCCUCCGGAGGCUCAUCCCAGUGGAUUCAGGUGGACGUGUACGAAUCCAUUGAAUACUUUGAGCACAUGGAGAUGAAGCAAAGUGGGUGAGGAUCAGCCCAGAAGACAGUUUACAUUUAUGCCGAAACCCAACAAAAGAAAGGCUUUGUUUAAAAGCUAUAAAAGCAGCGCGUCGCGCCAACCCUUCAGAACACCUGACGACACGUGUUGGCCUUCGGUGUCCAAAGUGAGCUCCUGUCAGCAAGCGGAGAUGAGCAACCUGAUG